AUGUUCUCCAUCAGAUUAGUGUCCGCACUCGCAGCGGCUGCGCUGUGCUCGAUGGCUUCGGCAGAUGACUCGUCUUCGUCCAAGAUCGUAUCAAUCCCCACACCGACUGCGACACUCCCUGCGAACGCCAUGGAGACCCUCGGCUGCUUUUCGACAGGCGUCCCCCUCGAGGAUCACGGCAAAGGCCUAUUCGUCACUGCCGGAUCUUGUCAGCAAAUCUGUCUGGGUCUCGACAAAGACGUACUGGGUCUUUCGGAUGGUGACCACUGCUGGUGUGGAGACAAAUACCCACCCAAGGACACCAAGGUCAGCGAUAAGCAGUGCAGCACAUCAUGUUCCGGUGACGACAGGACGAAUUGCGGUGGAAACGGAAAACUGUGGGUAAUGUCGACCGGAAACUCUCGCAACGAGAUCGAAUACGAGGACCCAAUUUCAUCCUCAUCCUCAUCAUCCUCCUCUUCAUCGUCUGCAGCUGCUUCCAAGACAGCCACGCCAACAAACUCAGCACCUGUCGACUCCGCCGUCGCUAGCAGUGCAACAUCUGAGCCAGAGAAGAAGGGCCCCAACACGGCGGGCAUCGCAGCGGGUGUAGUGGUUGGUGUCGUAGUACUUGCCGCUAUCAUCGGUGGUGUUUUCUUUUACCUUCGACGACAGAAGAGGCUUGCGGUCGAGGAGGAGUACCGUCGCCAGGCGGCAGUCAACUCGUUCGUGUCGGGAGGCAAGUUGCACACCAGCAACUCAUCCAUGACCGAUUCGCGCCUAGACCCAGAAUUCAUGGCCAGGAGGCAAAGCAACGGCAGUAUUGCAGACAAUGAGGAUUACUCGAGGCGGAUAUUGAAGGUGAGUUGGGGCGCUCAAGACUGGCUUCACGACGCACAAGCUAACAGCCGCUAG